AUGGAGAACAGAAUGGUUAAAAAUCUAAUAUAUUACCAAACAAACUACUUUCUAUCUGCCAUUCUUAUUCUCAUUUUGGUUGGGUAAGUCGCAAUACUAGCUGAAAGUUUUCUAGCGAGGUUUGGGGCCCCGGGUAUUGGGGGUACUCCCAUAAAUUACCUAUACAGGUAUGUGCCGCUCAACGGGGUCGUGAUUUUGAAGCUCCUGAUUUAGAACGGGGUACGGGGUAUCCAUUUCAGAGGCGUUUUUUACAACGGGGUGCCAAGUUGGAGUCGCGGGCGGCACAUACCCACCCAAAAAAUACCCAAGUGCCCCCCCGGGGGUUCGGGGACCUUUAUAAAACAUUGGCUUAAUUUAUCUUAGUGACCUCAAGACAUAGUAACUGACAGAGUUUUCGAUAUUUCUCUUGUUUGAGUCUGUUUAGUUGGUUGAUCACAGCUUUGGCUUGCUCAGAGUUUUUGUAGAGCUGAGCGGGGACAUUGAUGUGGUCCGGGCAGUUCAAAACCCUACCAACCACAGGGAAUCCAGGCUCCUUUUGACGUCCUCUUGGUUCUAAAAACAUAUAAUAAGCUUAAGUAUUUGCAUGGUAGUUUAAAAUCGGUGGUAUAACAAGUGGCAAAUAACAGCACUAAAGUGUCGAGUACCGUUCAUUAAAGUUCAUUAACCUUAUAUGAUCGGUGUUAAAAUAAUGUUGUUUUUGCAUCAUUUCUUAACCAUCAACACAGGAAAAAAUAACAGAUUCCCAAUAUCGGAUAUUUUAGGGUACUUAAAGAAUACCCACAAAAAUCCCAAAUUUGGCAAAGUAAGACAAGUCCCAACCAGGAAAUUGCCAACCAAGUUCCCUCCCUGGUUGGGACUUGUCUCACUAUUCCAAAGUUGGGAUUUUUGUGGGUAUUCUUUAAAUACCCUAAAACAUCCAAAAAUGGGAAUCUGUUAUUUUUUCCUGUGCAAGUAGCUGCUUAUCACGUCAGAGUAUUAUUUUUGUCAAGUAGUGAUUCUUUAUUAUUCUAUGAUGUAAUGUAAACCGUAAAAUAUCAACUGGUAAGAUAGGCAACCAGGAGCUGUGAUUAUCAAUUUACACCUUUGUAUGAGCACAUCACGGAGUAGUGACAUUUAGCUGUUGGCGUUGUCUUUGUCCUACCUUGUCAAAUGGAAGGAGAUUUGCUGUUUAAAAGUGUGGGGAAUGUAGGCCUUAAUGGCCUGGACUCUUAAUUAGCCUUUGUUCUGAAACAAUAACCUAUUGUUUUGAAAUAACAGUUAACAGUUCCAUUUAUUUUAAGAUGGCUUUUGCACCCCUACCAUGGGCAACCACAUGGCCUUGCAUGGGUCUUCUGUCCUUGUGAACCUACCCAUUCUGUUACCUUGCUCUCUUCUGUAAGCAGUUAUCCAAACUACUGGAAAAAUGAAGUUGCCUUUAAAACAUAUGAAACACUAGCCUGGGACCUGGCUUUGCAGUGGUGGAAAAUGGCGAAAAAAAAAUUGGAUCACUUUGAAGGCUUGCCCAUUUUUUUGUUGUUUUACCCCAUUUUUGCCUUUUUCCCACUAUGCAGACCCAAGUGCUAGGUUAAUCAAUCAUGUACAUCUGUUCCUGUUGACCUUCCCCACCACUGAUCUUUACUUCACUUUACAGGGUUAUGUAUCCAAAGGAUCUGAUGAUUGGUACAAUCUCCCUGUUGUCAACCUUCAUUUUGUUUGGAGUCGCACAGAGUCAUGAACCAAGAGUCGCUCAGAUCAAGCGUCAGUACCCCUCUUUGGUUCCUGCCUCUGUGCUUGGUCUUGCUGUGUUGAUUAUUUACGCACUGGGGUCCACGCUUGUUUUUCUUUGGGGAGUGACUAUGCCUCUGGCAGGUAGGUGAAUUGAUGCUCCUAAAGCUUCUGGGAAAUAUUAAUACAGUCAAACCCCACUUCACGGACAUCUGUUUAAAGGACACUUCAUUAUAGAAUUUUUUUUGUCCCUGGGGAAAAAAGCCCUUGCAUUUUUUCUAAAUUCAACCUGCUUAAUACUGACACCCUGUUAAUACAGACACUUUAUGACCCCCUCAGCAUCCUUAAUACUGUUGAAUGAUGCCAGUCAUUCAGGAAUCAAGAAAUUACUUGGUCAGCUGUUUGUAACCAUAGCUUGAAGCUUCUGAUACUAUGAAUGUCAACAGAUAAUUAUUUUAAUAAACCAGUAAAUUUUACAACAAUCUUUAAAGAAUGUAAACCAGCUCUGAGAUAAUUGAGCCAAAAUGAUGAUUUUUAAAUUAUUUAUGGAUGCCAUUGACUAAAGGGUUGGUGCCCAACUGACCGAAUGGCAGUCAUGUUUUCUUGCCAAUAAAUAAAACUUUCUUCCAAAAGAAUUGUAAAUACUUUCUCUAUUUGAAACUCUUCUGCAAAAACAAAGACAUUUAAUUUAGUUUUGAAGUGAUUUAUGAACAUGUCAGCUAAAUAUAGUAAUGCAAGUCUUAAUUUUAUACCUGCCAACUUUUCCUGAGAUAUAAGUGUGAGAUUUUUAUCCUGGGAGUGCUGGGAUUUUUGAAGACGACACGAUCAUUUCCGAAGAUUCCCGAAGAAGUCCGAAGGUCUUCCGAAGAAGUCCGUGAAGUCUUCUGAAGACGUCCAAAGUCUGUCGAAGGCGAAGUUUUCACUUGCUUUUCACUUCAAAAAUCAGAGAUCGCGAGGAAGGUAUUGUUAUUUAUUCAUUUUACACAUGGUUUUCGUUCCUUACAUGGGUCUGAGUUAACACAUUUUUGAAAAUUGUGUCAAGCAAGACGGCAACCACUCACAUUUUUCAAUCAGGCGUGAGAAAUUGGCCCGCAAGCGUGAGCCGGCGUGAGAUCGAAGUUUUCAACCCGCAGGCGUGAAACUCACGCCCAAGGCAUGACAGUUGGCAGGUAUAUAAUUUACAUUUGUAAACAAAUAACUUUUUCAUUGUUUUCAUUGAUAAAUUCAUGUUAAACAGACAAAGCUACCCGUAAAAACUGCCAAAGCAAUUUUUGUUACCUUCUUCAUGUUUUUCAGCAACAGCUUCAUUUAUUUGUGAAAUUUCUUUGUUUGUUGUGGCAGCAAACCGGGUUCCAUUUUUCUGGUAACUUGCAUGAGUUUGGUUUGGCCUGGAGGUGAAUAGCACUGCAUAUUCCAAGUUUGAGUAGCGAAUCAGAGCACGCAAAAAACACUAUCCACUGUUUUAGUUUAGUAUUUACCAAAUCAGUGAAUAGCGACCACGACCACUUUUUCGGCUGACAGUUUAAGAAUUUUCUAUCGCUUUUAACCUCUGGUAAGCAGCCACUUGACACAUGGUCUUACUAAACAGUAAAGUAUAUGAUUGGUAAAAAUGGACAGAAAGGAUUUCUUUGGCUGUCAUUAUUGUCUACACAUCUAUUACUGUGUUAAAUAUUGGCCUGAGUUCGAUCUAUAUAUAUCUACAAUAUUAACCAUUACCCUUGAGAAAAAGACUCAGGUUUCCUGGUUCAGUUUGAGAAGUUUUAAGUUUUUGCUCGUCAGACGUUUAAGGGACAUUUCUGUUAGUGCACUUUAGCGAACUGUUGUGUAGAAUAGCUAAUGAAUUAUUGGAUAAAACUGCCAGUAAUUGGCAGGGGAAUUUAAACUUUCAUAGUUAUUUUUUUAGAAUAAAUAUUCCACUCCAUUUUAGGUUGACAUGUAAAGUUGGCACAGCCAAGUAAUUACAUAAAAUGUUUUAAUUUUUCUCCAGUUAUUCUGCUUCAUGCAGCAACCCGCAAGCGAAACAUUAAAAACAAGUUUGCCAACAUGACCAAGUUGUUCAAAGAGGACGUAACACCAAUGACAGUUAUUCUAUCAAAGAUAUGUUCCUCUGGUGAUGAUGAUCGAUAUAGAAAACAGACAAAGAUGAAUGGUGUCACUCAUGAUAAUAUUAGUAUGAUAUGA